AUGUCUCUGAUACAGUGGAGGUCAUUAUAUAUACACGUAUACUCGGCGUUAUUCUGCUUGUUGUUAACAUCGGUAGACGGAGAAGUAUUUGCGAGAACCAGAAAUGUGUAUAAUAUGAAAAUUAGUCACGUGGUUAACACCUUGAAUACAAAUCAACUAUCACGAUGGGACGUUCCUCACCACUCAAUAGAGAGGGACGCAGUUGCUUGGCAACAAAAUACUCAGCGAGACAUCGGGGACCUUUUGAAUAAAGAAUAUACAUCCACGAGUAGAGAAUUCACUGAUAAAACCUUAUUGGGCAAUAGCAAAUUCAGACGCACUAGCUCGAUUUUAAAUCAGAGGACAUUUUUGAAAGACCGGAGGUUGCGAUUUCUAGAGGAAAGCCACUCAUCUCGUGAUGGGCUCGCAGGAGAAUUCGAUAAUACUAAGCGGGUUCGGAAUAAAAGACAAACUGAUGUAUUUGAGUAUUAUAGAAUGAAAUACGACGAUGACGCUGAUGCUGCACUGGGAUUUAUCAAAUACUUAGAUGAGCACAAUGAAAACUGUACACGUGUGAAGCUAUCUUUUCUGAAUAUUUACACUGCCAACGCCACUUACAGUGGAUUCGCCAAUCAGGCAAAAACAGCAGUAAAAACGUCAAAUUUAUUGAAUACAUUUUAUCAGACAAUCCACCACAAUGUAGUGGAUUCUAGUUUUCUUACCAACAGCGCUGUGUAUUUUUCCCUAGUGCGCAAUAAUGUAGAGAGUGACGUCAAUAUAUUUGGCUCCUGUGUGGCUUUCGAUAGUUACCAGUACAAUGAUACUUUGGAGCUAUUCGCUCCGUAUGCAUAUCGCGGCGACAAGGGCACAGUUUUCACUAAGGAUUUAGCAGUUUUGAAUUACACUGCACCAGAUACGGAGAGUAUGGACUGGUUUACGUACCAUCGCGCCAACCCGCCAGUAGUUUAUAAUAUGCACGAAAAAUUUGGCUACCAUCUACCGAGGCACAAUGAGACUCACUUUGAUAAACAGUUGAAUUUGACACAUAUUUUUAUUGAGGAAUCCGAAGGGUCCUGGAGUUCGCCGUACUUUGACUGUGGGGGAGGUAAUUCCUGGAUGUUGACAUACUCGGUGCCUUUCUAUGGAACUAACUAUGAGUUUAGGGGCGUGGUUUCAGUUGACAUCGAUCUUCAAACAAUAGAUAUCAAUCAAUGUGCCAAUGAUACUUCUAUGUUUUCUGGGACGCACAAAUGCAAAAAUACAACAGAGUGUGUUCCCAUUUCCAGUCAAGGGUUCCGUGGUGGCUCUUACCAGUGCGUAUGCAAAGACAAUUACUACUUCCCCGUGACCAACUCGCCUAAUCGCUCAUACAAUGGAACAACUCUUGAAGACGAAUAUCAUAGGAAGAUAUUCGGUUUUCCGAAUAACUACGAUGACGGAUUCGAGUGUUUACCGUGUCCGAAGGGAUGUGAUGGUUGUGUGGACGAUACGCCGUGUUUUGUCGAAGAAAACCUAAUACUGAGAUCCAUUUUACUUGGCGUUGAGCUGUUGUGUAUGUUUGUUGUUGUCAUAUUGAUGCUGGUGAUUUUUAAAUUCAGGAGAGUGAAGGUAAUUAGUCACGACAGUCCGUAUAUGCUGGAAAUCGUUCUCUUUGGUGCCUUGCUCCUCUACUCCGCUGUAGUGGCACGAUACUGGGCACCUAAUACGUUGGUAUGUCUGUUGGUGCGCUGGCUUAGAGAAUGGGGAUUCGCCGUAGCCUAUGGUAUGCUGAUAUUGAAAACUUACAGAAUUCUUGCAAUUUUCCAAACACGUUCAGCUACGCGUGUGCUCGUGCGUGACAGAGAUCUACUCAAGUGGCUGUGCUUGAUUUUGUUUAUUCUGUCGGGAUAUCUUGCCGCGUGGACGGCAUACAGCCUGGAUGAAAUCAAUCGAUGCGGUCGAGACAUGCUAGAAAUCGGCGUGGUGGAAACAGUAGGUCUCAAAUAUUACGUAUGCAGGUCAGAUUGGUGGGACAUCGCCAUUGAAGCAGCCGAAUUUCUAUUUCUCAUAUUUGGAAUAUAUCUAUGUUAUCUGGUGCGAUCGGCGCCUACAGACUUCCACGAGACACGGUAUAUUAGUAUAGCAAUCUACAACGAGACAAUAUUUUCAUUGUUUUUACACGUAUCAAGGCAAUUUGUUUGGUAUAUGGCUGGCCCUGAAUGGAUUUAUCUAAUGUACGUAAUCAGGUCCCAGUUAACAACAACUGUCAUGGUCGCUCUGAUAUUUAUACCUAAGUUGGUGCGUGUUUUUAAAAUGAAAAGCAGUGGACACUUCAGAGAGAGGGCGUACUCGGAGGGAUUGUCGCUGGAAAGUAAAUUACGUUCAGCAGCUAACAGUGGCAAUUCAUUUAACGACCCAGACCUCAAUCAAGAGGACGUCAAGGAGGAACUCAAGAGACUCUACACUCAGUUGGAAAUCUACAAAACAAAGACAAUGAAAAUAGACAACCCACAUAUACCUAAAAAGAAGGGAGGACUCGGCGCAAGGUGGAAAACUGCGAGGAAAUUUUCCCGUCGAUUUAGUCGUAGUCUUCAAGCACCAGGACAAGACAGUGAUAGGGAAAGGUCAUCAGAAAUCGCUCGGAGCACAGAGAGUCUGGCAAGGCCGCUCGAAAUGGACGACGUGAGACACCAUCACGAGGACCACAGAGAUUCCGAUCACCGUAUAAUAGGGAACUCUACAAAACAUGUUGCAAACCAAAGGUGGAUGUGUCAACAAUGACAAUUAUGAAUCACUCAUGAGUCACUUUAAGA